CCCUUAUUACUAUAAAAGCCCAGCUUUUGCCAAGUCACUAUCAGUCCAGCAAUCGUCCCAUACGCACUCGCACCAUGAAGAUAAUAGCUUGGUUCUUUUGGUGCCUCGCUGCCAUCGUCGCUAAAGUGUCAGCAGGAGGACAUGGGGGUCACCAUCACGUCAAGUUUAUUAUUCCGUACCAUCACAAGACCAUCAAGCACACCCAUACCAUCCACAAGACCAUACAUCACAAACAUGAGGGUGGCGGUGGCGGUCAUGGGUUGGGACACAGCCAUGGGGGAGUCCCCAAAGGAUGGCAUUAGAGUAGUGUCUCUUUUUCUCUUGUGAUAUUCCUCAGUUCUUUGAAAAGUGAAGCAGACAGAUUUUUGUAAUGCUUGCUUUUCGACCAUGUUACCUUAUAGUAUUAUUGUUUCAUUUUUGUUGUUGUUUGUUUUGUUUUUUUGUAUAUAGUUUUUACUAAUCUCUAUGUAAUCAAUCUGUGUUUUCUUCAGCCACUGUACAAAUUAUCUUGUAUUUUAUCUACUAAUAAUAAUGAAAGAAAAUAGAGAGUU